GCGCCGGUAACUAGGAAGUGCCGCGGAGACUGCCGCCCCUUGGUGCGUAGCAGCGGCGGCGCCAUUUUCUCGGUCUCCGGGCCCCGCGAUGGGCUCCUCCAAGCGGCACCGCGAGCGGGGAGAGGCGGCCCCCGAAGAGCCGCCGCCGGCGCCGCCUCCUCCCGCCGCGGCUAACUCUGCUGCCGGCGCGGCGGCCGCCCCCGCCGCCUCCUCCUCGUCGUCUUCCCGCCACCGCGAGCACAAGAAGCACAAGCACCGGGGCGGCAGCGGAGGCGGCGAGCGGCGGGGCAAGCGCAGCCGGAGCCGCGGCGAGCGGAGCAGCCGGAGGAGCGGCGGGGAUGAGGCGGCGGCGGCGGCCGGGGCGGCUCCCUCGUCCUCCUCGCGAAGCAGCCGCGCUGGGGCCGGCCAGGAAGCGGCGGGCGAGGCCGGGCGGCGGGCCAAGCGGGAGAAGCGCGACGAGGCCUACGAAGCCGCCCAGAGCUCAGCUGUCGGCCCAAAGUCCAGCUCGGGCGACGCUUCCCUCAGCAUUGAGGAGACCAACAAGCUUCGGGCUAAGCUUGGGCUGAAGCCUCUGGAGAUCAAUUCUGUCAAAAAGGAAACGGGCAGCAAGGAGGACCCUGUGGCAGCUGAGGUCAUCAACCCGAUCGUGCUGAAGCAGCGGGAGGAGAUCCGGGAGAAGCUUGCAGCUGCCAAGGAGAAGCGGCUCCUGAACCAGAAGCUCGGGAAAAUCAAGGCACUCGGUGAAGAUGACCCCUGGCUGGACGACACGGCGGCCUGGAUUGAGAAGAGCCGGAAGCUGCAGCUGGAGAAAGAGAUGGCCGAGAAGAGGGCCAAGCUCUUGGAGGAGAUGGACCAGGAGUUCGGCAUCAGCAGCCUGGUGGAGGAGGAGUUUGGGCAGAAGAAGAAGCAGGUGAACUACAGCUCACGAGACUUGAAGGGUCUGAAGGUCGAGCACACCAUCGAUUCUUUCCAGGAAGGAGAGACAGUCAUCCUGACCCUCAAAGACAAAGGGGUCCUGGAAGAGGAAGGGGGCGACGUCCUGGUGAACGUCAACAUGGUGGACAAGGAGAAGGCGAAGAAAAACGUGGAGCUACGCAAGAAGAAGCCGGAGUACAAGCCCUACGAGGAGGAAGAGAGCGUGGACGACAUGGUGAUGUACAAGCACAAGAACAUCCUCUCCAAGUACGACGAGGAGAUCGAAGGGGAGAAGAAGAAAUCCUUCAAGCUGGACUCGGUGGGGAUGGCGGACGGCUCCUGGGAGCGGGAGCUGCAGCAGAUCCGGGAGAACCUGCACAACCGGGCUCAGACCCUGGACACACCCGGCCUCCGCCUGGCUUCGGAGUACUUCACCCCGGAAGAGAUGAACGUCACUUUCAAGAAGACGAAGCGGCGGGUGAAGAAAAUCCGCAAGAAGGAGAAGCUGGUGAAGGCAGAAGAUCUCCUGCUGCUGGUCAGCGAAAGCAGCGAGAGGGAUUUUGGCUCCAGGGUCCGCGGCCGGGGCAGAAGGGUCGCUCGGGAGGAGGAGGAGGACGAGGACGAAGACGGAUACGCAGACUACAAUGAGAACGGGGCCGGGGAGCCACUGUCGCGGUCAGACGACAUCCGGGUGGAGCGGAUGGAGAUCAGCAGUGAUGACGAGGAUGCUCUCGAGGGCCCGGAUUCACCCACAGGCAUCGAGGAGGACGAGGCCGAACUGGAGCUGCAGAAACAGCUGGAGAAGGGGCGCAAGCUCAGGCAGAUCCAGCAGCUGAAGGACAGCGGGGAGAAGGUCAUCGAGAUAGUGAAGAAGCUGGAGACGGGCCGAAGGAGUCUGGAGGACGACGACGAGCUGGAGCGGAAGGGCGCCAUCGUUUUCAACGCCACCUCCGAGUUCUGCCGCACGCUGGGCGAGAUUCCCACCUACGGGCUGGCCGGCAACCGCGAGGACCAGGAGGAGCUCAUGGACUUUGAACGCGACGAUGAGAGGUCAGCCAAUGGCGGCUCGGACUCGGACGGCGAGGAGAACAUUGGCUGGAGCACGGUCAACCUGGACGAGGAGAAGCAGCAGCAGGACUUCUCAGCCUCUUCGACCACCAUCCUGGACGAGGAGCCGAUCGUCAACCGGGGUCUGGCCGCUGCCCUUAUGCUCUGUCAAAACAAAGGUUUACUGGAGACUACCGUCCAGAAAGUGGCAAGGGUGAAAGCUCCCAACAAAUCUCUGCCGUCGGCCGUCUACUGCAUCGAGGACAAGAUGGCCAUCGACGACAAGUACAGCCGGAGGGAAGAGUACCGGGGCUUCACCCAGGACUUCAAGGAGAAGGAUGGUUACAAACCCGAUGUCAAAAUCGAAUACGUGGAUGAGACGGGGCGGAAACUCACCCCCAAGGAGGCCUUCCGGCAGCUCUCUCACCGCUUCCAUGGCAAGGGUUCUGGCAAGAUGAAGACAGAGCGGCGCAUGAAGAAGCUGGACGAAGAGGCACUCUUGAAGAAGAUGAGUUCCAGUGACACACCCCUGGGCACCGUGGCUUUGCUGCAGGAGAAGCAGAAGGCUCAGAAGACGCCCUACAUUGUGCUCAGCGGCAGCGGCAAGAGCAUGAACGCAAACACCAUCACCAAAUGAAGGUCUACCCACUGCACUGGAGGGGAACAUUUGCUCCUCUGAGCCCGGACUCCUGCUCUGAAGCCCUGCAGGGUCCCGCUCAAGCCGGUGUGGCCACAGAGCCCCGCCAACCUGCUCUCCUGAUGGGAAUCUUUGUUUCCAACAGGCCUGUCUUGGGGGCUGCAUUGCUCAGCAGUUUCUCCAUGUUCAAGUCCAGGGAGGGGAGCAUCUGUAUAUAAUUGUGGAGCUGAGUUUUAAAGCACCCGGUUUUUGUAUGUAUCGAUAUAUGUGCAACCAAAUCGCUUGAAUAAAGUAGCUGCUUCCUCAGUC